AUGGCUUCUACCACUGCAGUCCAAAGGUUUCGCCCCGUGGUGGUGUCAGGUCCCUCCGGAACCGGCAAAUCGACAUUACUAAAGAGACUUUUCGCCGAAUUUCCCAACACCUUUGGCUUCUCUGUUUCUCACACAACUAGAGCCCCUAGGCCUGGCGAGCAACAUGCGCGUGAAUACUACUUCACCACAAAAGAAGACUUCCUCGACCUCGUGAGCAAAAACGGCUUUAUCGAGCAUGCUCAGUUCGGCGGGAACCACUACGGGACGAGCGUCCAGGCCGUUAAAGAUAUUGCUGCGAAGGAGAGGAUUUGUAUUCUUGACAUUGAGAUGGAGGGCGUGAAACAAGUUAAGAGGACUGAUCUGAGUGCGCGGUUCCUGUUCCUUGCGCCGCCGUCAGUUGAGGAGUUAGAACGGAGAUUACGCGGUCGGGGGACUGAGACCGAGGAGAGUUUACAAAAAAGGUUGACGCAGGCGAAGAACGAGCUGGAAUAUUCGAAACAGCCUGGUGCACACGAUAAGGUCGUCGUCAAUGAUGAUCUGGAGACCGCCUAUAAGGAACUGAGGGAUUAUAUUAUUGAUGGUGGGAAGUUUGGGGCCGCGAUAUAA